AUGUGCUGUAUAAGAAUCUUGUCAAUUCUGUGGUGCUGUGAUAGCCCUGAAAAUGCCACUAGCCGCGCCUCUUCAUCUGGGAGUUCACUUAGGAGAAUUGAGGAGUAUUGGCUAUGGGGCCCGCUGCAACUUGAGGUACGUAACCACCCUUCAUCUAAUGUUCAUGCAUGGCUUCUGCAUGUUUAUGAUUUGCUGCCCAAUCACAAGCUAGAGCUCUUCUUCAUGCUUGUUUGGGCAAUAUGGGUGGAACACAACAAUGUUACUUGGAAGGGGACCUCCUUUUGUCCCGUGAAUACUGCUACCUGGGCUACCAAGCUCCUUGAGGACUACCAUGCGGCCCAUCCGGGGUCACCAAAGAAGAAAUCAAGGCAUAAAACUAAGUGGCAGCUGCCACCUCGAGGUAGGCUGAAACUUAAUAUUGAUGGCGCAUUUCACAGCGCUACUGGUCAAGGGGGUAUUGGGGCUCUCAUCAGGAAUGAAGAUGGUGUAUGUCUCGCUGCAAUUGCACGUCCCUUUCCCCAUGGUAGAUCCGCCUUUCAGAUGGAGUUGGAAGCCAUGAGAGCAGGACUUUUACUCAUCAUUCAUCAAGGAUUAGUCAAUGUUGAUAUUGAAACUGACUGCUCUUUGGUGAUUGCUGCACUCAAAAGUGACACGGAGGACUACUCUGAAGUUGGUUGUAUUGUUGAGGAUUGCAAAGCAUAUCUGCAUGCAAUUUCUUCUAUUAAUCUAUACUCUGUCUAUCGUGAAGCAAACGGUGUGGCCCAUAGAUUGGCACACCUUGCUAGUGUUGAUUACUUAAAUGAUUACUGGUUAGAUGAGACUCCUGUGAUUAUCCGGGAUGCUCUCUUUGAGGAUUCUUGUACUAGUACUCGAGGUGUAGGAGUAUGA